AUGGAGGACACCACCUGGAUGGCCAACCACACAGAAAGACCAGAGUUCAUCCUGGCGGGAAUCUUCAGUCAAUGCAAACACCCAGUCCUCCUUCGCAUGGUCAUUUUUGGGGUUGUCCUGAUGGCCUUGUCUGGAAACACCAUCCUGAUCCUUCUGAUACGCUCUCAGGCCCGCCUCCACACCCCCAUGUACUUUUUCAUCAGCCAGUUGUCUCUCAUGGACAUGACGUACAUUUCUGUCACUGUGCCCAAGGUGCUUGUGGACUGGGUCAUGGGUGCGAACACGAUCUCAGACCCCGGAUGUGGGAUGCAGAUGUUCCUCUAUGUGACACUGGCAGGAUCAGAAUGUUUCACCCUAGCCGCUAGGGCCUAUGACCACAAUGCAGCCAUCUGCCAUCCCCUCCGUUACCCUGUCCUCAUGAACCACAGGGUGUGUCUCCUGGUAUCUAGCUGCUGGCUCCUGGGAUCAGUGGAUGGCUUCUUGUUCACUCCCAUCACCAUGACCUGCCCCUUCUGCAGAUCCCAGGAGACCCAUCAUUUCUUCUGUGAGGUCUCUGCUGUGAUGAAGCUCUCCUGCUCAGACACCUCCCUGUAUAAGACACUCAUAUACCUCUGCUGCGUCCUCAUGCUGCUCAUCCCUGUGACCAUCAUUUCAGACUCUUCCUACUUCAUCCUCACCAUCCUCAGGAUGAACUCGGCAGAGGGCCGGAAGAAGGCCUUUGCCACCUGCUCCUCCCACCUGACUGUGGUCACCCUCUUCUAUGGGGCUGCCAUGUACAAUUACAUGCUCCCCAGCUCCUACCACACUCCUGAGAAGGACAUGGUGGCAUCUGUCUUUGACACCUUACUCACUCCUGUGCUAAACCCUUUGAUCUAUAGUCUAAGGAAUAAGUAUGUUAUGGGGGCUCUGAAGAAAAUGUUGAAUGUGGGAUCCAUCUUUCAAGAAACCAUAAAGUAG